AAUUAAGAGUGCCGUACCCCAGUAACGCCAGCCAAGUUUUGGACAUCAGCGCUAUGUAAUUACUUCGGUCUCUUCUUCAUACAUUUUUGUAUACGGCUUUUCUAUCUGGUUUCACAUGAAUUAUUAAAUUUGAAAGCACAGUAAUCCACACAUUACUUUAUCAAGCAACCCUAUCGGCGCCAACCAUGUCACACUCAGCUGCAACAUACUUCUCAGGUCAUGUGAAUCGGAGGCGGUUGAUCGGCGUGCAUGGCGUGAUCUGAUAACGAAAGCAGUUGCCGAAGUGCAGGAGAAAGACCUCAUACAUACAAAGAAGAAGCGGCAAGUGUGGACGCGGCGGACGUCUAUUGGUUGUAUUCAAUCGACCUCGAGCGCAAGGUACUGUAACAUAUGCGGUCGCGAGUGCCUGAGUCAGGGAGGCGUAGUGAGCCACGUGCGAGGCCACGCGGGACCAGUAUCGAAAGAAAGACGGGUCCUGCUGAGAAGGGCUUCGAAGAAGAUGCGCGAGCGACAAGCGAUGAGCUUCCGGUACUUUCGAUGAUGUCAAUCAAUCCACAUACCCUACACUCUGGGACAAGCACCAACCUAGAGUCAGCGGUCAGUGUAUCAAGUGACUUAAUCUCCGAUCGAUCGAUUUGGCGCAAAAUCACUUGCAUUGUGCUUUGCCUCGUCUUUCUGAUCAACGCUUGGACUGUGGUGAUCUUACAUGUAACCAACUUGUCCAAUGAAACUGUCUUGGAGUUGACUGUCUCACUAGUGACUCUACUGACCGGUCAGUACAUAGUCACUGGCAUCGUUGACGGAUAUAUCUACUGGAAACGUUGGAGUAGAACCACGAAAAAGCAUUACGAUAAGGAGCAAGAGCAAAACAAGGAGGCGUGGGUCUGCAUGAGAACCACUUUCAAUCUGCUGGGGUUGGCACCGAUUUCCAGGUACAUCGAGGCGCUUGUGAUUAUUCGGCGCCUGGUAGCUGUGGAAAAUCGAUACCUUCCGGAGGCAAUUUUGUUUGUCAAAGAAAUUCAACAACCAUUUACUCUACCCAGCGGAUCCCUGAUAAGCGCACCUGCUGUUGGAUCGCGGUCGUCAAGAUCAACCCGAUCAAACACAAAUCCUCCAAUAAGUGCCGCUCGAAUAAACGCUCUGGACUCCGGAUUGGUACGGAUAUACAACGCGCGGCGCCAAUUCCGACGCUCGGAACGCGAUGCCAGCCUGAUCGCUUUGACCAGCGGAGUGGCCGGUGCCGGGCCAUUUGUUAUAUCCCAAGGUGUGCUAUAUUUUCGACGCGUAGGGCUGAACUAUCCGAUGGUCGCAAAUACAACCGCCGGCAUCUUUGCCUGCACCAUCACAGGAAUUGUGUGGCUUUGCGCUGCACUAACCCACUUCUAUCCGGCUGCGUUGGAGCAAUCUGAGUGGGAUUUUGACCGUGGAAUUGGCCAAAUUCCAAUUAUUGGCCUCGUACUGCUUUUCUCCACUCAUCUCGUUCACGUGGCUAUCCGGACCGGAAGUUUGGUCCUCUUCACCGCACAGUUCUACUGGAUUGUCAUGGGAGUGUUGAGUUUCCACUUUCUGCUCGUAUUGAUGAGCCUGCUUACAGCCAGAUGGUGCACCGGAGUGGAUUAUUCAAAACCGAUGAAAGAGAAGCAAUCUGAUGUAUCCGCAAACUUGCUGUCCGACAUACUAUUCUCCUUCGUCGGUCUGUUUGAAUUCGCCAACGCACAAGCAAAGUAUACACGCACCCGGUACCUAAUCUUCUACUUCUUUUACUAUUUGGAAAAUGCGGCUAUGAUCGGAGCGUGGUACGUCCACUUCACAUACCCAGGAAUGUGGUACUAUCUCCCCUCGUUACUCGUGAUAACGAUUGGACAAUUUCUCGGCCUCAUCCUGCUCCAAGUCUACCUGUACAUAUAUUCCAGAGCGAAAAGAAAGACUACGUUAUGUGGACUAUGUUUCGCACGGCAAGAAGAAGAACAUUACAUGCCGGUGGACGAUGAAACCAAAUCUGCGCUGGACCGAGGCAGUCUUGGGCGAUUCGACUCAGAACAAACAAGCAGAGCCUUCAUGGAUCACGCCCAUGCAACAUCAAUGCUAAGUGGUCACUCCGGAAUGAGUGGAGGGAUGGUAAUGAAGUCUCACAAAGGCCUGUAUGAUCCGGUAUUUGGUCAACAGAUUACUCAAGCUGCUAUUCCGAAGACCAAGAGACAUGGGGCGAGGUCGAAGAGCAGAACAAUGCAUAUGAGACCCAGUGAGAACAUGUCGCUGGUGAGCAACAGUCGUUCGAACUUGACGGCUAUGUCCAAAAUGAACAGACAGCUUACAGAGACGGAAACACAAAGACAGCCAAGUUUCUACAAGUACCACAGUCGACAACGACACGAAAUUCCAAACACACCAGAUGAAGCCGACCCAGCAUACCAUAUGGAUACGGUUGCAAUCAGCACUACGAAUCGCAGGCCGUCGUCUUUACUACCGAUAAGUAAGGAGGAAGCCAUAGAGCAGGAGGUAAGCUCACAGCAACGCGAAAAAUACCCGUCUGCACCAAAUGAACUGGAGCAAGCGCGACAUGACCGACACAUGCAACGGACAAAACAAAGAAGCUCAAAAGUAGCGGAGAUGGGACGAAAUCACUAUCACCCAGCUUCCGAAGCGUCCAGAAGAGAGCAGUGUUCACCAAGCAUGGACUUCAAGGGACAAGACCGGUCCCACAGAGGGACCAGUCAGAGAUGAAAUAAGAUACAUCGUAAUACAAGUAGUUGUCGAACGAUGAUUUUGUACAUACACAUAUGUUUUGACAUUAUUGCUCCCGGGUCUAAGGUCGAGCAGACAAAGUAGAAACCUUACUCGACUUAGGACCGCAACAUGCAAUAAACAUAGAUACUGCUUGGGUGCGCCAGAACUCAGUCAGCCUGCGCUUGAAUACAUUCCAUCGAGAACUAUUUUUAUGUACACUCUUUUUGUCUUAGAAACGUUGUCUAUCACUCUGCAAAAUGCUGAGAUUCAUACUAUUGCAAACUUACCAAACGUGUCUGAAAACCAGAAAUAAAAUCACAGUAUUAAGAAAUGC